AUGACGAUUCCUUUAGCAAAGAGGCGCCUCUUUAUCAGAAAGCUCUCGAUGACAGCGGGUACAACCACAAACUUGCAGUCUCAGUUCCUACAGCACAGUCUCCGAACUCUGGAAGAAGGAACCGCCAUAGAGACAUCAUUUGGUACAACCCCCCUUUCAGCAGGAACGUGGCCACCAACGUUGGACAGCUUUGGACGAUCCUUCCUAAAGAUCCUCGACGAAGAAUUUACGAAGGGCCAUGCGCUGCAUAAAAUCUUCAACCGGAACACAGUUAAGAUCAGUUACAGCUGCAUGCCGAAUCUAAAGCAAAGAAUUGAUGGCCGCAACAAAUCCAUUCUACGGAAAACAAACGCCGUACCACCUAAAGCUUUCAACUGCCGUCAACUAGCUCAUUGCCCUCUGGACGGUAAUUGCUUAAAAUCAGCCGUGAUGUACCAAGCCACAGUAGCAACGGAGGACAACAGGCCAGCCGAGACCUAUGAAGGCCUUACUGAGAACUCUUUGAAGACCAGAUACUCGAACCAUAAGUCUUCUUUCAGAGACCCAAACAAGAGACUCAGUACAGAACUCAGCAAGCACAUGUGGCACUUGAAAGACGCUAAGAUUGGAUUUAGCUUAACUUGGAAGUUCUUAAAGCAAGCCGCGCCGUUUAAUCCCGCUUCAAAUCGCUAUAAUUUGUGCCUGAGGGAAAAAUAUGUCAUCAUUUGCAGAUAG